AUGCACUUGCGAGAUGACGACGAUACUAGCCAGUGUAACUCGAGAAAUUCUAACGGAUCACGACACACUCACAGCAAUCAUGCCCGAAAUGAUACAUCGAAACGAUUUACACCAGGCGAUCCUUGUGUAGUUUGCGGAGAUGCCGCAUCUGGAAUCCAUUACGCCGUGGCAGCAUGUAAUGGUUGCAAGACAUUCUUCAGAAGAGUCGUUCUAGAGGUAGGUAGGCUCUCUAUGAGCUGGUCUCUUGUUGUUGAAGCUACAAUUUUUUUUCUAUUAUAUUUCCAAGUUUUUUGUUGUUAUGGCGUAAGGUUUGCUUUUUGA